AGGAAAUGUUCCUCUAUCUGUUUGUUAGCCUGCCACACACCCAAACCGUUAUUUCCGCAUUUCGAGCGCAGCACUUUUUUUUGCUGAGUAGAUCAGUUGUUUUGCUGCAGUCAGUCCGACAGUUUCCUUAAUAAUUUGACGAGAUUUUGUUAUUGGAUAUUUAAAACACAGAAUGUUACCGUUUGCUUUGUCAGUAUCACCCUCGUAGCCUAUUAUAUUUCUAUUAAAUGAUCAUCUUCAGUUUUUUUUAUCUUGGUUAAUGUCAAAUGCGUGGCUGCGAAACAUGAGCGAAAUCAGGAGAGCAUUUAAAAUAGUUCUUCAGAUUACAUGCCAGCUUCUUUGGUUGGUUGCUUUGGUGGUGGGCCUGAGUGGGGUUUACCUGCUGUUGAACUACAACCAGAAUGGACUUUUCUUCUCUCACAUGUACAUCAUCCUCCCAGGAGUCCUUGCUCUUGCUAGUGCCACAUGCCUAUUGGCCAGUGGAGGCUUGGGAUGCUGGGUGUCCAUGAGAGAGUCAGUAUGGGUUCAAACAGUGUUUGUCUACGUUCUGGUUAUAGUGUUGUGCCUUGAAGCUACUGCCGCUGCACUGGCAUAUUUCAACAUCGGACAGGUGCAUUCAGAACUGGCUCCUUUCAGAAGUGUUUUUCAGAGAUACACAGGCAGCAGCCAGGAUCUAGACUCCAGUGCUGUGGAUGCCACACAGGACGAGCUGCAGUGCUGUGGUAUCCAUGACUACAAGGACUGGCUGACCACGCCCUGGUUUAAUCACAGUGGAGGGGUCAGAGUUCCACACAGCUGCUGCAACUCCACCUUCCUCACCUGCAAUGGUAGCCUGGACCAGCCCUGGCAGCUCUACCCGAAGGGCUGCCAGAUCAAGCUGGAGGAGGCCUUGCUGUUUGUACUGAGCCUCAUCAUAUGGUCAUCUCUAGCUGUGGCAGUGGUGGAGAUUGUUGGGUUUGUGAGUGUGGCCCAGUUGAUGCGGGAUCAGCCACUGCUGGAGUAUCGAAUUCUGGACAGAGACUGAAGACUGAGAAACGCAGACUACUUACAUUUCCUUCAUAUAAGUUGUCAUGUCCUACACAUCUACGUUCCCCACAUUUAUGUGGCACAAUAGGAGGGACAUAUGGAAAGCAAACUAUUAUGUGUAUUAACAGUGCUGAACGACCGGAAUUAAAAUGAUUUUUCAAGUUCAA